AAUGGACCCUGUCCGUGAUCGUCAUUACAUAGAAGAACUGAGGAAACAAACUGAAGAAGAUGCAGCAACAAGAGAAAUCGUUCAUGGCCUGAAAAACGACGUCUCAAGUUUUAAAAAUGCUGUCAUUCCUCCACAUGUAAAAGCUAUUCAUAAAGGUGAUGUCAAACAGUGGAGAGAAGAUGACAAGUGCUUCUAUGAAUCUCACAACUUUUCGUCUAUGCCAGAAAAAGUAAAGAAACACGCUUAUGUUACGUUUGUUGGAGUCCCCGGAUCUGGAAAAACGGCAACUGCUCGUCACAUCGCCCUCAUGUUACAACAAGAAGGAUAUGAGAUUGUACCCAUCAAAGAGAUCAGAAAGAUAGAGGACUGCUGUGAUCCUAACAAUCCACAGGUUUUUGUUAUUGAUGAUGUGGUUGGUGUCUUUGGACUUCAGACCACGAAACUUAAUCUUUUGAAGGAUUAUGAAAAAAGAAUUAUGAAUCCUGUAAUGUCAAAAUCAAAAACUCUCAUGACAUGUAGAGAAGCAGUGUAUAGAGAAUCAUUAGCAUCCAGUUCAUUUACAGAUGAAAAUAAUGUUUUGUUACAUAGUGAAUCUAAUGCUUUAACUAAUACUGACAAAAUGUGCUUACUGAACACGUACAGCAUCGAUGUAGAUCUGUUGUCUAACGAAAAUCUGAUAUCGGCAUCAAAAAUGUUUCCGUAUCUCUGCAAACUGUUUUCAACUAAAAAGAAGUUUCAGCUUUAUGGGCCUGCAUUUUUUGAAAACCCAGUUCCAUGUAUUUUAGUUGAACUUAAUGAAAUGAAACAAGAAAACAAAAUUCAAUAUGCUUGCUUGGUUUUAUGCGUAAUGAAUGAAAACAGAAUUUCAGGGAAAAUCUUGAAAACAGAAAAAGAAACUGAAAAUUUCCGUGAAAUGAAACUAAGUGUUUUAGAGCAAUGUAAAGUCAGUAUUUAUACUGAUGAUUUUAAAUUUGUUGAUGCUUUGUCAGAAAUGGAAGGGACAUACACAAAACUUUGUGGUAAUGAGUAUAGUUUUGUUCAUGAUUCAAUGUUUGAAAUUGUUGCGCAUCAUUUUGGUUCCAAGUUUCCAGAAGUCAUCUUAAAAUUCAUGAGUAGUGAUUUUAUUGCUAACAAUGUAAAGAUUCGGGAAUUUCUAACUCAGAAGAUUGACGAUAGAGAAAAGCAAGUGGAUGAAAAUACUGUGGUCAGUGAAGAAAGUGAACAAGAGGAAAACACUGUUGAAGGCAGUACUGAAGAGAAUACUGGCGUAGACUCAUUCCAUCUCUGUAUAAGACCAGAAGAAAAACACUUUCCAUUUCUAGCAGAGCGGCUAUACAGGGAUACAGAAGAUAUGGAACUGUGUGAUGUAUUUAUGAACAACGUUUUAAAAGAUUCAAAGGUGUAUCAGGCUUUUGAGAAAGUAUUAGAGACAAAGUCUGAUACUAAAUUGGAAACUUUAUUUCUCUCAGUGCAGAAAGAUGUAACAAAGAUAUUAGGUAAGGUUUCCAAGUACCUUAACUUCGAGUGGGGCAGACAGGAGGUUUUGAUGAAUCUGAGAUGGGAAAGAACUGGACAUACAUACAAACUGAGGGUUAUCAGUUGGGUAAUUUAUCAUGGACACCAUCGGAUUCUACAAUAUAUUUUGAAUCGAAUGAAAAUCAAAGAAACAAGGAACAUUGCAGAUAAUGAAAUUAGAGAAGAAUACCGUUUACUUUUACUCGCUUGUUACAGUGGUAAUUUAGUCACCGUUAAAACAUUGAUGAAAUAUAUAAAUAAAAAUUCACUAAAAUUGAUUCUAGGACCUCAAUUUGUCUCUUUUAGUGAUACACCAUUUUUAGCAGCAUGUAAAGGUGGAAAUAUAGGUAUAGUGAAGGAAUUGUUAGUAGCUGGGGCAGAUAUUAAUUUUCAUGGUGUUAAUUCUGCACCCCUGAUAGUGGCAUGUAAAUUUGGCCACAAGGAAGUAGUGAAAGAGUUGAUACAGGUCGGAGCUGAUGUCAAUGUUGAAGUCGAUAAGGAUACACCCAUGACAGCAGCAUGUAUGGGUGGACAUGAAAGUAUCGUGAAGGAACUGAUAAAAACAAAGGCUAAAGUUAAUCAAACAGGUGGAGUUCAUACACCGCUUUCGUAUGCAUGUAGUAUGGAAAACCUAAAAAUAAUAAAAGAUUUGUUAAAGGCUGGGGCCAAUGUCAAUCUUGGUUCAGUAGAUAUACCACGGACAGCAGCAUGUAAGAGUGAACAAAAAAGUCUUGAAAUAGAGCCACUAAAGGGCGGAGCUGAAGUGAGUCCUUUUAUCACGCCAUUAAUAGAAGCAUGUCACUAUGGGUAUAUACCUGUAGUUCAACAACUGCUAGAGGCCGGGGCUGAUGUCAAUCUAAAGUGUAAAUAUGGUGCACCACUGAUAGCAGCUUGCAGAUGUGGACAUCUGGGUAUAGUUAAGAAACUGCUAGAGGCAGGGGCUGAUGUUAAUAUACAGGAUUUAAAUGGUCAAACACCUCUAUAUACAAUAGUUUUAUAUAAUACUGAGACUCACAUACCAGUUAAAUUGAUGGUUAGUAGUUAUGGGGCAGAUCCGACAAUCUGUGAUACGGAAGGGAUUUCAGCAUUUUAUUUAGCCUUAAUCGAAAACAAACUUCAAGUUGUGAAGCAAUUGCUUGAGGCCGACAACAAACUUCGGUUGAAUAGACUGAAGUUGCAUUUUUUCGACUGUUGUGCAAACAUAAGAAAUAGCGACAUUUCUUUAGAUAGUAAAGAUGAUGUGGUGGUUCAAAAAAGAGGUGUAUUUCGUAUUAAGAAAUCAGGAUUUAUGUUCAAGGCAAUCAUUGAUAGCAAAUGUGAAGUACUGAAACGUCUGUUAGAUCUAGGUCUGGAUGUUAAUCAAUGGAUACAAUUGCAUGAUGAGGAUAAAUCAUAUUUUGACGUGAAACCUCUUCUGUUUACACUGAUUGAUGAAAGAUUGAAAUUGCUAAAAGAUGUGAAAGGUGUAUUAGAGAUGGUAACACUUCUCCUGGAGGCGGGGGCGGAUGUCAGUGAAGUACAAAGAAUAUCUUCCUCUGUCAGUCCUCUGGAGUUACUCUUUUAAGCGGUAUGGAUGGAACGAUGAUUACAAGAAUUUACGUAUAAAAUAUGCAUUGCACAAAGAAGGUUUUUCUAUUCUAGAGAGAAUACAAAGAAUCCUGAAUGACAUGAGAUGGGAAAAAGAACUCAUUGACGCAUUGAAUAUAGAAGAAGUGAAUGAGUGUAAAAAAGUGUUAGAUGAAUCAAAAAAGCAUGU